AAGCAGGCUUCAAUGCUAUUAGUCCAAAACAGAUUGUGAUAAUGGGCGAUGGUGCUGGGGGAGGUCUCGCUAUUGCUACAUUGCUAGCGAUACGCGAUAGUGGUUUGCCGAUGUCACCAUGGGUUGACCUAACACAAAGUAUGCCAUCCAUGUUUAGCAAAGGAUGCGACAAAUAUGAUAUUAUUCCAGAUAUGCCUCAUGUAUUCCAGGUGUACGAAUUCAACGAAUUAGCUCAAUUGUCAUCUCAACGUGCAGCAGAAUUCAUUCGUGAAACUGUUGCAUCUGCCUCAGAGAAAUUCACAUCAAACAAAAUUACUGGCUCAUUGGGUGGCCGUAGAAAAAAUGUGAAAAAAGGAUUUCAGUUCACUCUUAUGGUCGCAGGUGUUUCAGGCACUGGUCGCUCCACUUUUGUCAAUACCCUUUGUGGUAGUGAGGUUUUAAACAAAAAGCUAUGCGAUAAUCCUGAAUCUGCACAUGUAGAAGAAGGUAUUCGCAUUAAACCAGUAACAGUUGAAGAUGGUGCAAGAAUUGCUUUAACAAUUGUAGACACACCCGGAUUUGGUGACAAUAUAGACAAUGAAUUUUGUUUUCAAGAAAUUAUGGGCUAUUUAGAAAGACAAUAUGAUGAUAUUUUAGCUGAAGAAUCAAGAAUUAAACGUAACCCUCGAUUUCGCGACAAUCGUGUCCAUGCACUUCUUUAUUUUAUUACACCUACUGGUCAUUCCCUUCGUGAGAUUGACAUUGAACUAAUGAAACGUCUCAGCCCGCGUGUUAAUGUAAUUCCGGUCAUUGGCAAAGCCGACACAUUCACACCCGCAGAGUUGGCUGAUUUUAAAAAAAGAAUUAUGGAGGAUAUUGAUUAUUAUAAUAUUCCAAUCUACAACUUCCCAUUUGAUGUUGAGGAAGAUGAUGAGGAAACUGUGGAAGAGAAUAGUGAAUUACGGGCCCUCUUACCUUUCGCUAUUGUUGGUAGUGAGGAAGAAAUCACUGUAAACGGAAGAACUGUUCGCGGACGUCAAUAUCCGUGGGGUGUCGUUGAAGAUUUUGCCAGAUUAAGAUCGGCACUUUUGAGUUCUCAUUUACAAGACUUAAAGGAAAUCACUCACGACUUUCUUUACGAGAAUUAUCGUACUGAGAAACUUAGUCGAGGUGUCGACGAUACUGAUGAGGAUAUCGGUACCUCGGAAGGCAUUGCUACUCAAAGUGUUCGAUUGAAGGAAGAACAAUUGAAACGUGAAGAAGAGAAGUUGAGAGAAAUUGAAUUAAAGGUCCAACGUGAGAUAUCAGAAAAGAGACAAGAACUCUUGGCAAAAGAAGAAGCCUUGAGAAACUUGGAGGCGCGGCUGGCACAAGCUCAAGAAUCUCAAGGGUCUUAA